AUGUCUGAAAAUAAUCCCGAUCCUGAAAAAGAAGAUAAAGAAUAUUCAAGCAUUGAUAUUGGUGGCCCUGGUGGAAAUGUAAAAUUAGUUAGUACAAUUCAAAGUAUUGGGCCAGGUGAAGGCGAAGAUGGACCAUCAAUUACAGGAAUUAAACCGGAAGCUGUUUUGGGUGGUUUACAAGUACUAGAGAAAUUGGGUAUAAAAGAUGACAUAGAAGAAGGUAUAAGAGUAUUUGAUGAUGAUACAAAAGAAGAAAGAGCAAAAGAAACUAAAUUGAUCACUGCUCGUAUAAAUCAAUUGGAUGUUUUUAUAACACUUGUAUCAAAUUAA